UUGGGGGGGGUUACCAAAUCCAAGUUGCCUUCCUCGGUGUGUUUGCAUCGAUGCACUGGCCAAGUGGGGUAUGGGGCUGGUGGAGGUCGGGAUGUCCCCAAAAAGCAGCCGGGUCUGGCACUGGUGGGGUUAUUUUUUGGUUUCCUCUAGUUCUUGGGGGGCAAAUUAUGUUAUUUUUAAGUUUCGCCCAGGGAGCUUCAGGGCUUCUCUCCACUGCGCCAGGGCAGCCGGGCAUCCCCCCGUCGCCAGCUGUAGGUUUAUGCCUGCAUCCCCCAUCCCCACCUGGGGGGUCCCUGAGCUGCCCCCAAAAACGGGCGCUCAGUCCUGGGGUGCCCAUGACUGGGCAAAGCUCCGGUGAUAACCAGGAGCUGGUCCCCCCCCGGGUCCUUGUACCUCCUACAUCCCCGCGGUGGGGUCUUGGUCAUCUAAGAGAUGUCCUUAAUCCUUGGAUUAAGCUUGGCCUUAGAUCUGCUUUACCUGAGGCCAGCCCUGUUCCUGGUGGGGUUUAAAUCUAUUUAUCUUGAGAUGAUGAGCCGGGAUGCUCCGGCAACCUGGGAUGCGUGGGCUCUGCCGGCCCGUGGCAUCGCUCGGCCACGGCUCGUGGUCCCCCGGCCACGGUGGGACCUGCCCAUCCCCUUCCAAGGCCAUCGCGGCUCCUUCCCCAGCAGAGCAGCACCCCAAACAUCUCGGGGUGUCCUUAAGGUGCUGCUAUUAAAAGCUUAAAUACCAUCACCCCGAAGGAUUAAAAUGCUUCACGUUAGGCUUAAACUUGAGUUUUAUUAGCGCUGGCUUACAGGAUGGAGGACUUGUACCGGUUUCACCCUUCCUACACGAUUGAGGGGCACAUCCCGAGUCCCAGGGGGAUUCGGGAUGUGUCCCUGUGGGAUGCCAUCGCCCUGGGACGAUGCUUGGCGGGGAGGUGGCACGUGGUGGGGCUCAGGCUGGCCGGGGUGAUGGUGGCAGCUGGCUUAGCCCCCCCAAAAAUCAUGGGGUCCCAGCUUGGCACGGAUGGAUGGUGCUAGUGAAGAUGGGGCUUGAGGGGUCUUGGUUUGGGGGUGCAGCCCCUCAGAAGGGCAGAAGGGCUGGUUGGCUUUAUGCUGGCACCCCGAUGGGGUGCUCCCUUACUGGGAGCUACUGGGAAGAACUGGAGCACAGAGGAUGCUCAUUUUGGGUCAUGCCCCAACCCACAUCCUACAAUUACCCGGCUCUGCCCCACUCAGCCCCCAGCAUCUCCCCUCCUGAGUUUAAUUAGCUGCAUCUCAGACUGUUGGUGCUGGCCACUAAUUAGGAGAAACUCGUCAGGCAAAGGCUGUAACGAAGCUCUGGCGUGGCUCUCGUGGGACCGUGAUGACCGGGGGAAUUUCCAUGCGGGUGGCGGAGGCUGGAUCCGGGUCUCCCCCAGCGAUGAAGAGGAGCGGGAUGCGCUGGUGGCUCGUCACCGUCCUGGGGGUGCUGAGCGGACCCGGCGUGGGGGCCGGGAGCUGCGGACCCCGUGAGCACGGGACGCCGGGAUGCCCACCCGGAGAGGAGCCCGCCGGGACGUGCAGCUCGGCGCAGGGUCCGGUGGGGACGUGUCGAGCUUGUCCCCCCGGCACCUUCUCACCGGGGGACAUAUCCUGCUCCGCUCACACCCGCUGCCGAGCCGGGAACAGGAUCCUGGUGGCACCGGGAACGGCGAUGACCGACAGCCGCUGCGGAGCCUGCCUGCCGGGGUUUUACAGCCCUGAAGGGGAGAGGGAGCCCCGGGGCCGGUGUCUGCCCUGCGCCGAUGCUCCCCGCAGCACCCCGGGGUGCCCAGGCCGGCGGCGAGCCCGCAGCCCCGAAACGCUGGGCCGGCCGUCGGGGACCAACAGGACGUGGGUGACCCUGAUGGGUGAGGAAGAGGAGGAGGAGGAGGAGGCGGCGGCGGCGCAGGCGGCCGUGCUGACCAUCGUCCCCGUCUUCUGCGCCAUGGGGUUGUUGGGCAUCCUGGUCUGCAACCUGCUGAAGAAGAAGGGUUACCACUGCACCGCCGGCAAGGACCCCCAGCCCGGCGGCACCGGUCCCAGCUCCAUCUACCAGCUGGAGGAUGCCAACGAGGACACCAUCGGGGUGCUGGUGCGGUUGAUCACCGAGAAGAAAGAAAACGCUGCGGCGCUGGAGGAGCUGCUGAAGGAGCAUCACGGCCAACAGCCGAUGCCACCACCGGGCUGCACCCCCCCAAAUAAGCUGUACCUCCUGCCUCAGUUUCCCCUCGCCUGCCGGCACCAGCAGCACCUCCACACGGUGCAGGGUCCGGCCCCGUGCGCCCGCUGCAGCCAGAAGAAGUGGCCCGAGGUGUUGCCAUCGCUCGGUGCCACCAAGGUCCCCAAACCCGGGGGUCGUCCCAGUGAGGUCACCAUCCUCUCCAUCGGCAGGUUUCGAGUGUCCCGGAUCCCCGAGAUGAGGAGCGAGGCAGGGGGUGAACCCCCCCGCGGUCCCCUCCCUGCCGGUAGCGGGAUGCGGCCCCCGUGGUUGAAAAGCAUCGACGGCCCCCCCGAGCUAGCACCUGCCCUGGGGGCUGCCUCGGGGGGACGGUGACACCCACAAAGACCCCCACGGCGGGGAUGGAGGACGUUGGGCACCGCAUGAAAGCCAGUCCCGCUUGGAGCCACGAAGUGCUGGAGGUGGCAGCUUGGCUUCUGCUCCUGCCACCAAGGUGUCCACCGGCAGCACGGCAGAUCCAACAUCUUGCCCGGCUGGUGAGAAGGAUUCCCUGUCCCCGAGGUCCGGUGGUGGCCACAGCAUGGUGGCCUGAUGGAGAGCAUCUCCAGGAGCCGUGACGCCGAUGGUGGUGGCCAUGGCGUGGUGGCCUGAUGGAGAGCAUCUCCAGGAGCCGUGACGCCGGAGCACGGCUCCGUUGGAGGCACCGUGCAAUGGAGGACAUCGCGCGGUCAGGAUGCCAUUUCUCAGUCACCUUCUGGGGCUGUUGAACUGAAGCCUCUCCAGGAAAAUCGUGGGCUCUUGAUUUCCCUCCAUCACCAGGUGCUAGCACUUAACACCACAAGCUAAUGACAGUGUCUGGAUCGUGGGACAGCUCCCACCCUACAAACAACCCAACUGGGGCAUGCAUGGUUGCUCUGGCCAAAGCUGGUUUCCUGCAUCUACAUCUCCUCUAGCCAAAGUCUCAAUCAGCCCAGGAGGACGUGGUAGUGAUGCUCUGCUCAUCGUGAAGAUCACGCACUCCACUUUUCCAUAGGAGCUGUUCCUAUAGGAUCACAUUGGCUUGGCCAUGUUGGGACAACCCACCCAAGGUUGGGUUGGAGACCAUCAAGCUCCACCACCAACCUAGAAAUGGGUUUAUGGCUGGUCCCAUUCACUUCCCCACCACAUCACCGCGCCAAAAAACCAACCACCAAACCCUCUCGGGCUCUUUUAUUUAUUUUUUUUUUUUUUUUGGAAACAUUUUAAUAGUUAUUGAAUGUUCUACAUCUUACAGUAAAUAUCGUACAGUUACAAACUCUUGGCUGAAAUCUGUCAGGGAGAUCACGACCUGAUCUUCAGAACCAAAACCAGAACAGAAAACAAACAGGAAAAAAAAACAACCCCAAAUUUACACAUCAGAUGGACAAACCGAGGCUGUGGGGCUUUCCAGGGCAUCAGUUCAAGGCCAUGUUCCCUACACACCUUUGAGACUUAGACUUGGAAGACAUGGUUACUCUUGGUUUUAAUUAUUUUUCAUGGUUUUUUUGGUUUGUUUUUUUUUAAAUCUGUUUUUGCUUAAGAGGUCCAAUAAUAUUUAAAAA